CUGCGCUAGGAAGAUGAUGGUGGACUUUGCAGCAGAUGAAGGGGGCACCGAAAGGCCCUUCAACAAGUCUUUCCCCCUAUUUGCAGGCUCAGCAGUAGCUCAGUGUGAGAGCCAGGGUGUGCCCCAUGCAGGAGAGUCCAGGAUGCAAGGGGGUGCAGGAAUUGCUGCUUGGGAAGGAGAAAGGCAAGGCCAGCAGCAAGCAGCCAGGUAAGGGGAUCCUAACCCCUACGCCAUCCUCAUCCCUACCACAGGCCACAGGCAAGAAGAAGCCACAGAAGAAGAAGAAAAAGAAAGCAGACCAGGAUGACAGUAACACCAGGAGCAGCGGGCAUGGCAGCAGCCCCUCCGCCUCUGAUGAGACAGAUAAACAUCACAGCAAAAGCAGGAAGCAUCAGACCCUCUCUGCUCAGUUACUUGAAAUACUAAGCGUCAGGAAGGAUCCUGACCUAGCACAAAAUGCUGUCAAGGGGAUUCACAUUGAUGCAGAAAUAAAUAAGUUUUUAUUAUCAGCUUCCAAUACUUCAGGCUCUACCCAAACAGAGCAGGACAUUUCUGAUCAGAUCAAUGAAAGCCUUCGGUGGGAUGGGAUUCUUGAAGAUCCUGCUGCUGAGGAAGAAAGGCUGCGUAUCUAUAAACUGAACAGAAGGAAACGCUACGGGUUAUAUGUCCAGCAACAGCUACCCACAGAGCCAUGUUUGACUCUGAAGCAUUUCCCAUUACUUCAAACCAAAGAUCCAUACACAAACAGUGUUCAGACAAUAUGUCAGGAGGAUCGCUCCAGUCCUUAUUUUCAGGAAAAUAAAGAAGAGGUCCUGAAUGCUGAGCUAGCUACUAAAGUGUCUGAACUGCAACCAGCAGCAUUACCAAAUAUUUCUCAGGAAGUUGUGUAAACCAGUAUUGUUCUCUAUUUUAUAUCUGUAUUUAAAACAGUAACGGCAACAAAACCGUCACUUUGAAACUUUGUAUAUACCUUUGUUCACAGCAAUGUUGUUAGUGGGAUUUAUUCCCCAUACUAACAGGGUAUUCCAUUUACUUCUGCCAGACCUGUUAUAAAACUCUACAUGGAAAGUGGACAAUAAAACAAUUAUUUUGAUGGUUUUAUUAAAA